AUGGAUUCAAAAGGAGAUCAACACUUAUCAGAUCCGCAAAAAUUAGAAGCAUAUCUUCAGGAACGUAUACAACAAAUAGAAGAAACACUUGAUGAUGACGAAAAUUUUUGCAAUAGAGAAAUAGACGCAACAAAUAAAUAUAUUGAAAAGACUGAAAAAAAAUUUCACGAAAAAAUUCAUGAGCUUAAAGCAAAACUUGAAGAUAUUCGUGUAAAGAAUAAGAAAACAUCCGAAGAAAAUAAAGCACAAUUUAAUAAUGAUAUCACAGAAGUUAUCGAUUUAUUCCGUGCGAACAAUUAUGAUCAAGCUCGGAAGAAAUUUGAAGAUUGUGAAAAACGUUUUGAACAAAGAACAACAUGUAUUCAACAAGUACCAAAAUUACGUAUGAAGGAAUCUGAUAUCGACGAGCUUUUUACAACAUCCGAGUGUAAAAUUAAUAAACCUGCAGUACAGCCGAUUCCUGUUGCAGCGUUAGUGUUACAAAGAUCAACAAUUAAUGAUAAUGAUUAUGAUGAUGAGUCAAAUGGAAAGGAUCAAAGUCAAAUAAACAGAAAACAAAAAUUACGUCAGGAAAAAAUCAUUGAAAGUGUUAACAUGAAUCGAAAUGAUGAAGAAACCGAAGAAGAUAAAAAAGAUCUAACGGGAAAAGAUUCGGAUUUAUCAACCUUUGGAAUUCAAUCAAAACGCGCAGCAGCUCAAUCAACAACAGAGCAUACUAAUACCACAACUAAUGUUAAUCAAGCUCCGGUGACAACAACCGAGCGGGGUCCACGAUUUCGAUUUAGUACACGAUUGAAUCCACCAUCCACCAAUUCCAAUAUAUCAUUUUCUGGUCGUAGGAUUCCGAGUUCGUCAUCGAUGCCUAAUAGUAAUGUAAAUAGUUAUAAUACUCGUGAACAAAUAAGAGCUACAGUGGCUCCACCUACAACAACCCAACAGCAAACAACAUUAGUUGCAAAUAACAUAGGGCAGCGUUUACCGUUAACUCCCGUUUCCCACUACCGACAUGAGCCGAACAUGUUGGUCUUGCUAACGUGCAAUGCAAAAUACAUCGUUCUUUAUAAAGGUUUACUUAAUCGAGUAGAUAAUUGGCAUUUGGGUGUCGUUGAACGUGGGGUUCAGAAAGAGUAUCCUCUCAAUUGGCAUGAUGGUUUGAUUAUUUCUAUGGGUUGGAUUAUCAAUGAUGAUAUUUAUAUGUUUACCGAACGUGAAUUUUUUAUUUAUUCAAUUGGCCUACGCAUUAAACUUAAUUCGCGUAUGUUACCGCGUAGUGAUGAUGAUGAACCAGAGACAAAUUAUUCCCAUCGUGGUAUUGGCGCUGUGUAUGAUAAAUAUAUAUAUCAUAUUUAUACGAAUCGUAGUUGCCAUUGGACAUUAACACACUAUUCGCGUGAAAAAUUUGUUUCUCUGAACGAUUAUGAUUUAACAAUGCUUUUUCCUGAUGUUGAGCGUUUUAUACAUUUCUGUGUUAAUGAUAAAACAAUGAAUUUUCUCGUUCAAAUGAAUGAUGCAUCAUAUGGCGUUGUAUUUUGUUGGACAAAUAAUUUUAAAACCAAUGAAAAAAUGCCAGCAAUUAGAUUUCCUAUUGCUCGAAACCCAUUAACUAUUUGUUCAGCAUUUAUUCAAUGUUUAAAUCAAUAUAUUAUUUUUGUUAAUGAUCCAUCAAUUAAUAUUUUGCAUAUAUUAAGUACAGAAAAAUAUUUACAAGCUUACCGAGAAGAAUGUCAUGCUAUGUGUCAUGUAGCCGUUAAAAAUGAAAUAAUACUUUUAACAAAUAAUUCCAUAUCGUCAAUAAAUUUAAAUCAAUCCAAUUCAUUUUUUUCGCAAUUUUCUCCGCGAUAUACAUCUGAUAUCUAA